GGAAUCGUCAAUUCGCCUCCGUUCCUUGGGGUUUCGUUUGUUCGAUUCAAGUAUUGUGAACUGGUAUUGGGAUUUACUUGCCGUCGUUCUAAAUCGUGGAUUAAAGGUUUGCUUUGUUCGAUUUAGAUAAAAAAGGCGGUAAUUUGGUCCGAUGAGAUGAAUAUUUAGAUAGGGUGCUGUAGAAUGAUGGGUCCAAAUUAUAUGAGUUUAUGUAAUUAGCUCAUCCAUUCAUGACAAGUUACAGAUCCUCGUGUAUUAGGCCCCGUGUCAGUAAGAUCUCAGCUCCUCUUCGUGUUUAUGUAGAUUUAGUCCUUGUUCUUGAAAGAUGGUGGCAGAAGGAAGACCUACGCCCUGUACCUCUUCACCGCACUGCGCUACAGAGUUCACUGUACUGCUUAAGCUUGCUCUUAUUUAGUCAACUGACGACAGAUAUUAGGUGCUUCUAGCAAGAAAGAUACAGAAAUUUAGUACCACAUGAUGCUGAUGGCUGGAGGACAGUUGUUUUUCUUGGCAUCAAUUGAACUUGGUGGUGUGGCAGGGAUCUGUAGAUGUUGAUGGUUUUACCAUGCAUAUGAAAACUACAUGGUUCAUGCAUUUCCACAUGAUGAAUUAAAGCCUCUCACUAAAACUUUCACAGACUCACUCAGUGAACUUGGAAAUUUAAAGCUGGAACUCUUGCCCCAGAAUUACAAUGGAUCGGCAUUGACACUUGUUGAAUCAUUGUCAAGUCUCGUUGUCUUAGGUAACUACACAGAAUUUGAAAGAGGAGUUCUUUGGCUUUCUGACAACCUUACAUUUGAUGUGGAUGCUCGUGUGAACCUGUUUGAGUGCAACAUAAGAGUUCUUGGGGGGCUUGUUUCUGCUCAUAUUCUUGCAACUGAUUCUAAAAGCAGGUUAGAACAUGGCUUGUACAAGAAUCAGUUACUUGAUUUGGCGAGAGACUUAGGUCAGCGCUUCUUACCUGCAUUUGAGACUCCUACUGGAUUGCCAUAUGCGUGGAUUAAUCUAAAGUACGGAGUAAUGGAAGAUGAGACAACAGAAACAAGCACAUCAGGGUGUGCUUCAGGUUCUCUUAUUCUUGAAAUGGGAGCAUUAUCACGAUUAACUGGUGACCCUAGAUUUCAAGCUGCUGCUCUUCGUGCUCUUCGUAAAUUAUGGAGCAUGAGAAGUCCUUUGAACCUUUUAGGUACUACUCUUGAUGUUGUCACUGGAGACUGGAUAGAGUAUUCAUCUGGAGUUGGCGCUGGAGUUGAUUCAUUUUAUGAAUAUUUAAUCAAAGCCUAUAUUCUUUUUGGAAACGAUGAGUUCUGGGACAUGUUUCAUUCAUCUUAUCUUGCCGUGCAGAAAUACUUCCGGCAUGGCCCAUGGUGCAGUACCAACAAUUUCUUGACUUUGUAUCACGAAGCUGAUAUGAGGACAGGAAAAGCAACAUAUUGGCAACUUACAAGCCUUCAAGCCUUCUGGCCUGGUCUUCAGAUUCUUGUUGGGGACGUAGCUGCUGCCAAUUCAUCACAUCGUGAGUUUUUCUAUGUAUGGGACAAGUUUGGUGUACUACCAGAAAGGUACCUUCUGGACCAUGGCAUGUUGCAUCCAACUGAGAAAUACUAUCCAUUGCGCCCUGAACUUGCAGAGUCUACAUUUUACCUUUAUCAAGCGACUAGAGAUCCUUGGUAUAUGGAAGUUGGUGAGACAAUAAUUAAUUCUCUCAAUUACUAUACUAGAGUGGAUGGUGGUUUUGCUAGUGUUAGAGAUGUUACAACCAUGGAACUAGAAGAUCAUCAGCAUAGUUUCUUUCUUUCUGAAACGUGUAAAUAUCUUUAUCUUCUCUUUGAUGAUUCAUUCUUGGCUGGUCAGAACUAUGUCUUUACUACUGAGGGUCACCCUCUGCCAAUCAGAGGUUCCUGGCAUGAGAAACUUCCAGAGGCUUACAUUCCUGCUAACUGGACUUCAGUAAAGAAUGAAAAUCAAGCAAUUCGGCUAAGUGCUUUGUCUCAACAAGUUUGUCCUGCAACAACCACAGGAGGAAGCAUCUCACUGCAAAUUGAGAGUGCUUGCCAUAUCCCCGAUUUACAUGCUGAUCACAGAUGUAGAACCGACGAUGAGUGUGGGAUUGAUUCAACAACAUGUAGGAAACGGGUUUGCAGCAUGGCUGGCUUUUGUGGAUUGUGGUUAUUCAUACCAUAAUUCUUGAGGCAAAAUCAAUGUAGUAUAGAUAUUCUUUUAGGCAGGGGAAUAAAGAGAAGAAAAGUAAUUUUUAGAGUUGUACAUUUGGUGUAGCUGUUCUCGGCCUGAGCGUAUCUUCAUCGAUGCUAGAGGGGAUCCGUGAUAUGGGGUAUCCAAUUAUAUUACCUUGAGGAUUAUAAUUCACGCAAGAAUCAUCCUUAAUGUAGAAUUUAUCCUUGUCAAUUUGUUCACAAUUAAUUUAAUCCUGUGAAAUUGUGUUUGUGCUGGAACAAAA